UCCUCUAUUUUGCAAGCAACUCUUAGUCAUUUUAGCCUAAAAGUCAUCAUCUGUCAUGAGCUCUUAAUCAUACUACAUUCCCUUGCAUAAUAUUCACAAGAUCCUACUUCUGGAGAGUGGUGUUGGCCACUCCUAGCUGUUGAAGAACACAGAAACAUCCCAUCUUCUCAGCAAGGAUGGGGACACUUAGCUUACCGUGCAGGUACCGUUGUUGAUCACGCCUGGUAAUUCCUUCUUCUCAUCCCCGCCAAAAUCCAACAGUGGAACCCAGGACCAACAACAGCGUUUUCUUCUUCUCUUUUUGGACACCCUCUCAGUUUUUGUUUUGUAGGCUUGAAAGCCACCGAGAGUUUGCACCCGGGGGCCAGUGAUAGCUCUGCAAAGGAGAGGCAGUGGAGAGCCCAACAACAAGUGGGCCCAAACACUAAAUAUUGCCCUCUUUCCUCUCCGGGCAGUGUCCUUCAUGCUCUGAAGACAGGCAGCCUUACCAAAACCCUUACCCCACAGCUUGCCAGUCUCUGUGGAAGAAAGGGUCUAACUGGACUGGGCUGCAGGAUGAGGUGACCCAAAAGCCAGGAACCAUCUGCCCAGAGCAGACAAGUAGAGACACGCACAGGCUGCGUGAGCACGUCUGUGUGUGUGUGUGUGUCUGUGUGUGUGUGUGUGUGUGUGUUUGCAUGUUUGUGCCCAGCAGCUGCUCUCCAGAUUAGAAGACACCACUCUUUGGCCAGCAACUCUGAAACACCCUCUUGGGUAAUUUUAAAUUCAUGUGCACAUCUUGGCUGAGAGUAGAAACUUCCCAGGCACAACUUGGGUCCCUUUCUUUGCUGUGUUGCUACCCCAGAUAUACCGUGAACCACAGACAGCAGUGCUAGCACCUGAGGAACAGAUGCCCAGAUGGACAUUAAAUUGCACCUCAUUUUGUACCCUGCAGCCAUGAACCGAUGGAAGCCUUGUUUGAGAUUUAAGUAACAAGGGCAUGACCCCUUCUUUGACACCCAUAACUCAAGGCACUGUAAACAUUCGCUAUUAUUAACACUGUGUUGGACUCAAACUGGAAUGCCUGCCUGUUCCAUUUAGUGUCACGGAGACAUGAGGGCAAAGUGCUGAGGAAACUCUAGAGCAACAUCAGAAUGCAUGGUGAAGCAUCAGAUGGUGAAGGAGGAGGAGACACAGAAGUGAUGCAGCAGGAGACAGUUCCAGUUCCUGUACCCUCAGAGGAAACCAAACAGCCUAAAGAAUGUUUUUUGAUACAACCAAAGGAAAGAAAAGAGAAUACCACCAAGACCAGGAAGAGGAGAAAGAAGAAAAUUACUGAUGUUCUUGCAAAAUCAGAACCAAAACCAGGGUUACCUGAAGACCUACAGAAGCUGAUGAAGGACUAUUAUAGCAGCAGACGCUCAGUGAUUGAAUUAGAAGAACUGAACCUGCCAGACUCCUGUUUCCUCAAGGCCAAUGAUUUGACUCACAGUCUUUCCUCAUACCUAAAAGAAAUCUGUCCUAAGUGGGUAAAACUUAGGAAAAACCACAGUGAGAAGAAAGCGGUCCUGAUGCUGAUCAUCUGCAGCUCAGCCAUCCGAGCCCUGGAGCUCAUUAGGUCGAUGACAGCAUUCAGAGGAGACAGCAAAGUUAUAAAAUUAUUUGCAAAGCACAUAAAGGUCCAGGAGCAGGUAAAGCUGCUGGAGAAGCGUGUGGUGCACCUGGGUGUAGGAACUCCAGGGAGAAUUAAAGAACUUGUUAAACAAGGUGGCUUUAAUUUGAACCCCUUAAAAUUUCUGGUUUUCGACUGGAACUGGAGAGAUCAGAAGUUGAGGAGAAUGAUGGACAUUCCCGAGAUAAGAAAGGAGGUAUUCGAACUUCUGGAAAUGGGAGUGCUCAGUCUGUGCAAGUCAGAAUCUCUGAAACUGGGCCUUUUCUAAGUCUGUGUCUUAAUGAAGAUUCCAGUCUUCACAGUAGAAGUUGCAUCUUAUUUAAUGACUCUGAUAUAUUGCAAGCACUCAGUAAAUAUCAGCAAAUAGUUUAUGUUAACUGUGUCAGCAGAUAGAUUGCUGGAAUGUGGGGAUUCUGAAACAGGAAUGAAUCUGUCCUUUUGACAACUCUCUUAUUUAAUAAAGUACCACCGGCUUGUGUGUGA